AUGAACAAUUUUAGAGUUUAAGAAGAACCAAUUAUUUUAUUUAGUGACUAAUAUUUUUUUCCCUUGUCAUCUGUCAACAAUGGAUCUUUGGUUUUAAAUAAUUUAUAUUAUAAUGAAAAUAAUUAGCCAAAUAAAGAAUAUGUAUUAGUGUUUGCUCUAUGUUAAAAUGGUUCUUUAAAAAAUGAAAGUUAUUUGUGCUGGUUAUAAAACCAUUAAUAAAUAUUUAUCUACACUUCAUGGAUUUUUAACAUUCUUAAGUUAUUUUAAAGCAAUAAGAAACAAUUGGAAUUUUGCUUAAGAAUAAAAAGUAAAUUAACUUUCCUUACAACAAUGAAUUGA